CCCGGUCCUGGCGCUGUGCCGGAACGUGCCGGCAGACGGUGCCUUGCUGCUCUUCGCAUCUCGACGGAAGCUCGGCCGGGGCUUCAGCCCCGUUGCUCGCGACAAAGCUCCAUCCUUUCAACUCCGUCUGCUGCUGCGUUUCUGUGUUGUGCAGCAAGAAGUGCCGGCUAUCCUGAGGCCCCAGUCCUGCAAAGACUUCUGUCCAUGAUCAUCUCUGUACCCUGGGUUGGCUUCCCGCAUCAGAGGAAGGAGACUACAGUAUUUUGGCUGGAGUGCUCAGCUUCAAGACUUCAUUUUGUUCUUCACAGCUUGGAGGGAUAUGAAGCCAAUUGGAAAAGUGCUUUGUGCUACAGGGAUUGUAGCUGGGCUCCUAGCUUUCUUCUGGAAAGACCCUUUUAACCCAGAGAGCUUGUCUGGUGCCCGUGUUCUCCUGACUGGAGCCAGUGCUGGGAUUGGAGAGCAGAUGGCAUAUCAUUAUGCCAGAUUUGGUGCUGAAGUUGUUUUGACUGCUAGGAGGGAAGAUGUGCUGCAGAAGGUGGUGGAGAAAUGCCUGACACUUGGAGCAAAGAAAAUACUUUAUAUCCCUGCAGAUAUGUCUUCCCCUUCAGAGCCUGAAAAGGUGGUUCAGUUUGCUGUCGAAAAGCUGGGGGGACUGGAUUACCUGGUGUUGAACCACAUUGGCAUGACCCGUUUCCAGAUGUGGGCUGGAGAUGUGGAAUACACCCGCUGGCUCAUGCAGGUGAAUUUCUUCAGUUAUGUGGCACUUGCAACAGCAGCUCUUCCCACCCUGGAGAAGAAUAAAGGCUCUCUGGUGGUUGUUUCUUCCCUCACAGGGAAAAUACCCACUCCCUUCACCACUUCUUAUUCUGCCACCAAGUUUGCACUGGAUGGAUUCUUUAGCUCGCUGCGCCAUGAACUCAUCAUGCAGAAGAGAAAUGUCUCUAUCACACUGUGCAUCCUGGGCCUGAUUGAUACCGAUACGGCAUUAAAGAAUACCAGGAAGGCUGGUGACCCGGCUUCUAUGAGCACAGGCCCGUUGGUAGAUGUUUGCUGACUGCAUGGGACCUGUUAAAUCACCUCUUCCUUGCUGUAAAUGCCAAGAUGGGCUGAUGAUUCCUGCACUGAACAGGAGAAAGAAUGUAGAGGGAAUUCUUCCCUAACACAUUAUGCCUACAGAUAUGUGUGAUGGCUUGUAAGUUCUAGCAGCUAAGAAAAAGCAGUCUCUGCUUGGAUCCUCCUGGGCUGGGGAUGGAUAAAAGAUCUAUAUGUGGGCUCUUUGGUGUCUGAGAGGAUGGUUAUUUUGUGUGUUGUUCCCAUCUGCAAUGCAUGAAUCCUGAAGGAAUUUUAAGUAGCUUUGAAAGCUGAACAUUUUGUAGAAACUGGUUAACAGGUUUGGAAUUUAUUGGAACAUCCAGGUGUUGCUUAAAGAACAGGCUUGUCUAGGGGAUAUAGAACUAAAACGGAGUGUGCAGAGCCUUGCCAGUCACAAUCUUUCUUCAGUCAUAGCUGGUCUUCUCCAAGGAGAGAAAAAAAGCAGGUUGAGGAGUACAUUCUAGCCGAUGAGAGGUGGCUUCCUGGGAAAGGGUCACUGCAUGUCCCCCUCCUUCUUUGCUUUGUUGACAUCUAGGUGCUAGACUAAGCGCACUCUUGUUCUGAGCCAACUAUAAAAACUUGCGUGCCUGCAAGAGAUGUCACUGCAGCUUGAGUUCUUAAUUCUUGUUACGGGGAAUGGUGUGUGGCACUUUUAGUCGCAAGUACAUUUUAUUCACAUCAUAGGAACAGGCACCAGCUGAGUGUUUUCCUUCCUCU